AUGAUAUAAUCAUAAAAUUAAACAAAAGCAUAAUUUUAAGAACUUGAAUAAAAAAUUGAAAACUCUUUUGAUGAUAUUUUUAAUACUACUUCUUAUCCAAUUAAAGAAAUUCCAAAAUUUUAAAGCUAGUUGAAUAGUGAAAUAAUGAAUUUUAUAUUGAGAUUCAGCAAUGACUUAUAAAUAGAGAUGGCUAUAAAUUUUAUUAGAAUUUUAAAAAAGCUAGUUCAAAUUCAUAUAGAAGAUUAAGUAGAUUUUAUAAUUUAAUAGAUUAUUCCUCUUUUCAAUAAUCUGAAUUUUUAUGAUUAAACAAAUGGAUGUUCAAAACUUGAAUGUUUUAUUGAAAUGUAUUAGAAAUAUAUAAAAAAAUCUAAAUAUCUCCUUACUUCAUUGUAUUUUGCUGUAUAUUUAAUAAAAAUAUUAAGAUAAAUCUAAUUUAUCCUAAAAAUCCAUAGGAAGCUUUAAAAGAUUAUUUAGACUAUUUAUUGUUACAAAAACUAUGUUCAACUAAUAUUCUAAAAUAAUUAUUUGAGUGUUUCUUAUAGUAAAUAGAUGCUGCUUAUUAUUUAAUCUAAAAAAAUUAAGAUUCAUCUUGGAAGUAAAUUGGUAAUACAUUAAAACAAUUUGGAGAUAUUUUUAUUAAUUUACAGAAGGAAUAAGCAAAUAAUAAUAUUGAUUUACAGUUUACAAAUGUAGUUUUAACUCAUUUCAAAAAUAAAUAUUAAGAAUUUUAUAAUAAAUGGGCAUAAGAAUAUAAAAUUCCAUUUUAUUUGAGAAAAGUUAAAAUGUAAAAAGAAUAUAAUAAUUAAAUACUAAAUUUUGAUGAUAAUUCAAUAAGAUUAUAGAUUAAUUCUUAAUUAGAGGAAUAACUACUUCAAAAUUUUAAAGAUUUUAUUUUAUCUGAUAAUAUACCUUUUAAUUUAGAAUCUCUUCUUGAAAAUUUUAAUUCUGAGAAUUUAGAAAUUUAAGAUGAUUUAGGAUUAUUAAAUGAAUUAUAUUUAACUUUAGAUCCAAAUGAUUAAGAUAUCAAAAUGAAAAUCAAAUAAAAAAUCUUAUAAGAAGGGAAUCUCAUUUUCUAAAUAAUAAAUAAUUAAGAAGUUAAUAAAUAAUUAUCUCAUAGAUUUGUCAUUUCCUUGUUUUAAUUACAUCAGAAAUAUCAUAAAAUCAUUUAAAUCUGUUUGAAUCAAAAUACUUAUAUUUAAUCUUUAUUAACAAAUGCAUUUGAAGAAUUACUUAAUUUUUCUGAUUAGGUAUCAUCUAUAAUGUUUUAUAGUUUCUUAGAAAUUAGAUUUUCAAGAAUAUUUUGUUUUAUUCAUUGAACAAGAAAUAGAAAAUGUUAUAAAUAAUUAAAAUGAUAAUUAAUAUUUGGGAGAUACAGUCUAAUUAUUGUUAUAUUUAUCUGAAAAAAAUGAUUUUACUGUUGUAAAUUAUAUAAAUGAUUUUAGUAUUAUCAAAAUCGUUUAGCUUAAAGAUUAUUAAAAUACUAUCGAAUAUUAUCUAGUACAGAAUUUUAUUAAGUUUACUUAAAGACUGAAUCAAUAAUAAUUUAGAAAAUGUCUAGCCUUAUGGGAAAUUAGAGUAUCUACCCUUUAGAACUAAUGAUAGAGGAAUUCUCAAAAAGUAGAGAAACCAUAUUUGAAUUUAAAAUAGAAAAUAAUAAAUAAUUGAUUGUUUAGCAUCCUUUAUUAUUAAAAUAGUCAGAUUGGCCUAAAUUUUAAUAUUAACAAAUAGAAUUAAAUGAAGAGUUUUUUAUAAUUGGUAAAUUAAAAUAAAAAUUUGAAUCUUAAUAAGAUUAAAAAUUAAUCAAUUGGUUAGAUUUAUUAUCUUAUGUUGAUAUUGAGUAUUCAAAGAAAUAAAUAACAUUACGUAUUAAUAUCCCUUAAGCAAUAAUAUUAUUUGCUUAUUAAUACAAAAAUGAAUUUUUAAGUACUAAGAUGAUAUCAUAAAUUACAAAGUUAUAAGAAUAUCUUAUCAUAUAAAAUUGUUUAGAGAUGAAAGCUUCAAAUAUUUUAGAAGAAGUAGUCAUUGAUAAUGAGAAACUUUAUAGAUUUAAUGAAGAAUGGGAAGAAUUAGAAGAUUCAAAAAUAAAUAAAAUAAUAAUAACAAAUACCUAGAUCCCAAUUUUAUAUUUAAAAAAAGGUAUUAUUUUUAUGAAAAUUCUAGCAAAAUCAAAGCGGAAUCUAAAUUUACCUAUGGAAGCUUUUAUUUUAAAAACAUUAAAGAUUAAAAAAACUAUUUUAUUUUAAGAUUUAGUUGAGAAUGUAAAGUAAUAUACAAAAAACACAUUUAAUGAAGAUAUCUAAGUUGAUCAGAUAUCAACAAUAAUUAAAAAUUUAUAUGAAAGAAAUUAUUUAGAUAUAGAUGCAUCCAAUCCAGAACUGUUGAAAUAUGUUUGA